CAAAACAAAGGCGGACUGCAAAUUGUGCUCGGCGAAAUUGUCCAGAGGAGGCGCAAAAGGUAGCGCAUUAAACACAAGUAAUUUAAUAAAGCACCUAAAAUCCAAACACGACAACGAGUACAAAGAGUUUACCGAUGCUAAACCAACACAACCCACGCUGCAGCAAACUCUUGCAAGACGAGAGAAAAUGUCCAAAGACAAUCCACGUGCUGUGAAAAUAACACAAGCUAUUAUGGAGUACAUUGCACUGAGUUACCAGCCGCUCUCGGAGGUAGAAAAUGUGGGAUUCCUGCGUCUCCUCCACGUUCUGGAGCCCAGAUAUGAUGCCCCAAGCCGCCGCUACAUGACUGACACAGAGCUGCCCAAACUACACGACUCUGUGAAAAAAUAUAUCCACAGCCGACUGCAAGCCUCCUCUGAGUUUAGUUUCACCACGGAUAUUUGGACCAGCAGUGUUAGCCCCGUGUCGCUAAUUAGCCUAACUUCCCAGUGGAUAGACGAGAGUUUCACGCCGCAACGAGACACAUUACAUGCGAAACAACUCCGCGGCUCGCACACCAGCCAGGCUAUAGCGCAUGUGUUUGAGGAAAUGCUCCAGACAUGGGGUAUACCUAAAACAUCAGUACACGUUGUGCUUCGUGACAAUGCCAAAAACAUGAUUAAAGCCAUGAAUGACGCAGGGCUCCCAAGUCUGCCGUGUGUCGCGCACACGCUCCAGCGGGCUGUUCACGAGGGCUUAUUAGCACAGAGGAGCAUAGCUGAUGCUAUAGCAGUGGGGCGAAAAAUAGUUGGGCAUUUUAAGCAUUCCGCCUUAGCCUACUCCCGCCUCGAGGACAUUCAGGGACAGCUGAACCAGCCAGUAAAGAGACUGCAGCAGGACGUACAGACGCGCUGGAACAGCACGUAUUACAUGCUUCAGUCCCUCAUUGAGCAAAAGCGAGUGCUGGGGGUGUAUGUGUCCGAGCAUGAACUCCCUGACUGUCUCACCGCUCACCAAUGGGCUCUUAUUGAGAAGAUUGUUGCCAUCCUUGCCCCCUUUGAGGAACUAACUACAAAAGUGAGCAGCUACGACGCACUAGCCUCUGAUGUCAUCCCAGCUGUGACUGUGCUUGUGAGACUUCUAAACAGAGAAACCGACGAGGACCACGGUGUCAAGACAAUGAAAGCAACCUUACUGACAGCUGUCAAGAAGCGCUUCAGUGAUGUGGAGACCAACCCACUGUACUUCAUCUCCACCAUACUUGACCCAAGGUAUAAAGAUCGCUUCUUCUCCACCAACACUGCCUCAGAGGCCAAGCUGCACCUGAAGCAGGAGCUGCAGAUGAUGUCCAGAGCUGAGUCAGAGGGUAGUCGGGCGGAAGCUGCAGAACCUCCUGCUAAACUGUUCCUCAAGGCCCAGGCCAGCACUAGCAGCAGUCUGGACACUGUCUUUGAAGAAAUCGCCAUGGAGCAGGCCCAAGCAGCACAGCCGCUGGCAGCAGGAGCUGCCAUUGAGCUCGACACAUACCUCGGAGAGGCCCCAAGCCCUCGUGAAGACAGUCCUCUGAAGUACUGGGGCGUCAACAAAAUCAGGUUCCCCACUUUGGCUAAAAUGGCCCGUAAAUACCUCUCAGCUCCAUGUAGCAGUGUGGAAAGUGAAAUGCUCUUUAGCUCUGUGUCACACAUUAUAGAUGAAAACAGAAACAGGCUGACUGCUGAUAAUGCAGAAAAGCUACUUUUCUUAAAAAAAAAAACCUGCCACUCACUUUUUCUAAAUAGGCUCCAUUAAGUGAGCCGUCUUGGAGUUUAUUUUAUUUAUUUUAAUAAGUUGCACUGACUGCCAGAGUCCCAUGUUGGUAGAUGUUAGUUUAUUCGGAUAUUGUGCACUAAAUGGCAAAAAUGUUUAUUAAUGCCUCUUGUGUUGUCCAAAGCGGCAGAGUUUACAA